CCAGUCACUUCACUUGGGAGGCGGACGACCGCGUCUGGAGCCUCAGCAACUGCCUACAUUACAUCAUUCCCCCUUGACCGAGAACCAUUCGCAACAGCACCAUGGCGGAACCCACGGAACCGCUCACAGCGAGGCCAGAGUCGAGGCCAGAGUCGAGGUCACCACCAACCACCGCAGGCAUCAAACGCAUCCGCCAGGCCUGUACAAGUUGCCGACAGAAGAAGAUCAAAUGUUCCGGGGAUCGGCCAAGGUGUAUCAACUGUCGACGGGUGAUGCAGCGAUGCCAAUAUGAGCCCUACUCGGCAGUCUCGACGUCUCUUUCUGGGAACUCGACUGCAUUACUUCUCGGAUUGACCAAGGACACGGAUCUUUUACAGAGAAUUUCUAUGAUUGAAAGCAAAUUGGCACAGCUGAGCGAUCGCGAAACUCAAGAAUUCAGUUCUGCCGCCUUUGAUGAGGUCAAUCUGACUAUGGAAGACCACAAUCCUGUUGAAGAUCAGCCUCAAUUCCACUUGGAUGAACACGAAAAUGUUGGCGGCAUGCCUGAUGUGAUCAACCUGUCAUCGCCUAAUGUCCCAACAACUUGGCGCUCGGGCAGCUCACAGUCCCAAACCUUCAAUACAUUUCCACCAGACUCCGUAACACAGUCGCUGGUCGACACUUUCUUUCAGUGGUGCCACAACCAACCAUACUCUUACUUUCAUGAAGGAAGCUUCCGGCAGAAACUCGCAGACGGCCAGCUUUCCAAAUGCGUGUUACUGGCAGUUUUAGCAUCUUCUUUGAGGUUCUCAGAACACGAAUACUAUCGAGACAACAGAUCAGAUGCCAUUCAUUCAUAUGCAAGAGAGGCCUGGUUGUCUGUUUUGGGCGACCACAUGACGGCGGAGGAUUCCUGCAACCUCGAGGUUGCCCAAGCCACCAACAUUCUGGCUGUCAUUGACUUUACUGCCGGCCGAACCAGCUCCGCGUGGCUCAAGAUUGGGAUGGCGAUUCGGAUAGCUCAGGACCUCCAACUGAUGAAGGAGCCUGGUGAAACUCUUCCUCUGGUCGAGCAAGAAGAGAGAAGGCGAUCUUUCUGGUCGAUCUACCUUCUCGAUAAGCUAGUUUCCCUCGGCCAACACAGACACUUCGCCAUCUCAGACGAGGACUGCCACGUACGACUACCUUGCGAUGAGCUGACGUUUCGUUCUGGCGGGUGGGGCCAGAACGUUACGCUCCGUAAGCUUCUCGAUUGGAGCACUGAGGUCGGUGUUGAAAGUGGAUUCCCAGUCGCCAUCUUGGCAUCAUCCGCACUUGCUCGCUGCACUCGAAGGCUUCUUCACGACCGCAAUACCGAUGAGACUCCCCCUUGGGACUCCAAGUCAGAGUUUGCAUCAAUCACAUCACUCCUUCUCCUCGUCGAGUCGCGUCUCCAAGUCGAUCAGCAUCCCAUCAAGAGUGAUGUCGAUACUUAUAGGCUUGAUGACGGUAUCAUAGACCACCCCGCCAUGGGUCAUGUCAUAUUUGCACGUACAGUAUUCCAUGUUUGCUACUGCCUUCUCUACCACCCGUUCCUUGUGCGCGAGCAAGUACGAAAGGUCAAAUGUCAAGUUCCAUCAAGCUUCAUGCGCCUCGCCUCACAGAAAAGCUACGAACAUUCUCGAGAUCUGGUCAAGUUGCUGCACGACGCCGAAGAAGUAGGGUGCCACCUGGGUGCGUCGUUCUACGCAUAUUCGGCGUGCCUAGCUGGCAGCAUUCUCUCGCUUCACAUGCACGCCGAGAAGGAUACCGACAGCCAGCGUCACUCGGAACUGUCGAGUGCUACCCAAGACAGCAUAUCCAUACUUGAAGGAAUGGCAAAGUUUUGGGAUCAUGCGUUCAAAAUUCACCGCCGGCUGCUAUCUUUCAAUGCGAACGCCUAUCUUUUCAACUCACUUCUUGACUCGCAGCUGAAAUCAGGCAUGGAUCCAGAGUGGGAAAGGGCCCUCUGGUCGAUGAUUGACUACGGGGAGAUGUGCCGCGAAUCAAAUCUUUCUAUCCCAAGUCCGAAAAUACCGGCGUCUUCAGACUCCCCGACGUUCCCAGGACUCGAAUUAGGAAGUGAACAGAUAUUGGAUUUGGGACUUGAUGCACAACAAAUACCAGGAGUCGACGAAGACAUGAUGAAUUUUGAUACACCCAACAUCAAGUAUCUUCUUGAGCUGGCUUCUGGCGGAGGUUAGCGUAGCCUUGACUCAAUACAACGGCUCGCUCUACCUUGUGGACGAGUACUUCGCUAGUUCGGGUUGAUAGCGUUUGCCAUACCACAGAUGCACCCAGGCAGCUAUCACUGUAUCAUUUUCAGAAGGGAUUUCAAACGACGAUUGAGGCAAUGUGUUCCAAGUCCAGUGAUAAUACAGCAAAGUGACUGGUU